CUGCUUCUAACAACCGCAAAUGAUCGGAUCGAAUCAUGGCCUCCGGAUUAGCGUACCGUUUUGACCGACCUGGGAAGAAUCUUCUUCACCCCUACUCUUCUGUGUCCCGCGCUCGUCUCAACGAAAUCAGAUGGCUCUACCAAACCCAAUAUCAGGAGCAGCAACCGCGUGGCCAGCCAUCCUUGUUGGCGCCCGCCGCCCUCCCGGUCGCUAUGGCCCUCACUACCGCCAGAGAUAGUGCACAUGAUCUUCCUCCGCCUCGAUAUGACUACACUGGGCACCCUACGUUUACUCAACUCUAUGAUUCGCCGGCAGGUCGACUCUCUUUACGAAUACCGUAUGCUCCGAGCCCAUGCAGCAGAGACCCUCGAGAGCCUUGACAUUGCCCAAUGCACCCAUUUUUUCCCUGUCCAUCAAUUGUAUCGCGAAUUCUGCCACCCCCGGUGCCGAACCUGCCCCGACUUCGGCCCCUUUCUCUAUAUCCCCACUCACUCGCGGGUGUGUUUGCAGUGCGUUUUGAGACACGAUCCAUACCGCGUCGCAGCCCUCGAUGUGGGGUUUGCCUGUUACCCGUUUCUUCGGAGGGGCCGGUGGGAUCUUCCGAUCGUCUGUUUUCUUGAUCUUCUCGAAGGCCAAUACACCUCAGAAAUGCUGAUUGACGUGACGCACGCUCAACUCAUGUAUCAACAGCAGCAGCAGCAGCAGCCGCCGCAAUCAGGCAGUAGUCGCAAAGAACCUGCCGCACAAGAAUGGAUGUACCGGCUGCAGGACACGUACCAGAGGCGGCUGCGGUCGACCGUGGCGUUUCCGUGCUGGGACCCGCACGCCCGCGUCGCCGAGCCGGGGGUGUACUGUUACGGGUGCACGAAGUUCUGGGAGAUAUCCCGGGGCAAGAGCCGGCGCAAUCCGCGAAACCGGCAGGAGCACUAUGCCUGGAACACUACGUCCGCGGGGAGCAAGGGGGUGGAUCGCGCAUUUCGGGUCCCGGAUCUCCCGCAGCACUUUGCGACGUGUCCAGACGUGGUGAGGAAGCUUUGGAAGGGGGAGGAUCACACCGCGUUGAGGUUUGGUGAGUCGGUUGGGAGGAUUAUUCGGGUGGACGCGAGUGGGGGGAGGGGUACUGGACGGUCUGCGCGGGUGGGGAAGAAGUAGGGUUGGUUAGAAUUGCGUGUGCUGCUUGGUGGUAUCUGCUGGUGUGGGAUCUGUUGCUGAUUGUUGCUGUCUCCUUCUACUCUUGUGCGCAGCUGCUUAUAUGGAGGACACCGUUCUGUCAUUGUUGCGAGGGAUGGGUGUUCCUUGCUCGUGCUCAACUCAGAAGAAAUAGAAGCUGGCUUUUUGCAUU